AUGUUAUCACUAUUAAUUCCGGGUCCAAAAGGUCCUGGAAAUAACAUUGACAUUUAUCUGCAACCUUUAGUACAAGAGUUGCAAGAGUUAUGGGAUGAUGGAAUUGAAACAUUUGAUGCUUAUAAGAAAGAGACAUUUCAACUUCGUGCAGCUAUGAUGUGGACUAUUAAUGACUUUCCAGCAUAUGCUAACUUGUCUGGAUGGAGUACUAAAGGUCAAUAUGCAUGUCCAUGUUGUGGUAUUGAAACUACCUCGCAGUGGUUACGUCAUGGUAAAAAAUUUUGCUACAUGGGCCAUCGUCGUUGGUUAUCUCCCAAACAUAAGUGGAAAUUGAAUAGUAGGGAUUUUGAUGGAACACGAGAGCUAAGGAUCCCUCCUAAAAGACUUGAUGGGACUGAUAUUUUAAGACAAAUAGAUGAAUGUAGAGAAAAAGGUCUAGCAAAUGGAGCACAACCUUGGAAAAAGAAGAGCAUUUUCUUCACAUUGCCUUAUUGGCAAUAUAAUGUAUUGCGUCAUAAUCUUGAUGUGAUGCACAUUGAAAAGAACGUAUGUGACAACAUUAUUGGUACAUUGUUAAACCAAGAGGGAAAAUCCAAAGAUAAUUAUAAGGCACGAGUAGAUAUGGGCAUAAUGGGCAUAAGAAGUAUGCUCCAUCCUCAACCAAGUCCUAAUAUAACUACAACGCGUUUGCCUAGAGCAUGCUAUCAAAUGACUAACAAAGAAAAGGAAUCUUUCCUAAGCAUUCUCAAGAAUGUAAAAACUCCAGAUGAAUGUUCAUCAAACAUCCCACGUUGUGUGCAUGUCAAGCAACACAAGAUGUUUGGAUUGAAAAGUUACGAUUGUCAUGUUUUGAUGCAAGAGCUUCUUCCAGUAGCAUUACGGGGUUCAUUGCCAGAUAAAGUCACUUCAGUGUUAGUUGAUCUUUGCAAUUUCUUCAAGCAAAUUUGUUCUAAGGUACUUAAUGUGGAAUUUCUAUCACAAUUGGAGUCUCAAAUAGUUAUCACACUUUGUCAGUUGGAAACAAUUUUUCCUCCUUCAUUUUUUACUGUUAUGAUGCAUUUGGUAAUUCAUUUGGCACACGAAGCCCAAGUUGCUGGACCGGUACAAUAUCGAUGGAUGUAUCCGCUUGAGAGGUUUCUUCUUACUCUUAAGUCCUUUGUACGUAAUAGAGCCCAUCCAGAAGGAUCAAUUGCAGAGGGAUUUUUGGCCAAUGAAUGUUUGACGUUUUGUUCGCAAUAUCUAUCUGGGGUAGAAACUAGGUUCAAUAGACCUAACAGAAAUGACGAUGAAGUCUCUGGAAGGCCAUUAGGGAUAAAGAAACAACAAAAGUUACGAUUAGGGAAGAGGAAGAAAGUGAGUAGAACUAAACUUGACAAGAAAGAGUUAGCACAGGCACAUAGAUAUGUGCUUUCUAAUUGUGAUGCAGUUGCUCCAUUUAUAGAAGAAGCAAUGGCUCGAAGAAGAAAGUUAAAUAUUCGACAUCGAGCAAGUGAUAAUGAAGGAAUUCAGUCUACUUCAAAUAAUACAAACUCAACCAAUGUAGAAGGAAGUAAUGUUGCAGAAACUCGUUCUAGUCCUUGUCAUGCAGAAGGUGUCAUACGUGAGUCUGUAGAAUCUCACUCAAUUCCCUCUGAUAUAGAAGUUGAAGAAGAACAAAUUGAAAAAGAAGUAGAGCCUAAACGGGCUAGAGGUCCUACAAAAAUGUUAGAUGUAUGGGAAAUGGAAGAUGGUGAUUUAAUAAUCGUUAAUUUGGACAAAUAUGGUCGACCCAUUGGUGAGGAAGGGACAACUCUAACUCGUUUCAUUGGUAGCGUAGCUAGAAGGUAUCAAUAUGCUCCUAUCAACUACAAGUCAUGGAAAGUUAUGCCAAAUGAUUACAAAGAAGAAAUGUUGAAAUUAAUAGAGAGUAAAUUUGAGUUUGUUCCUCCAAUAAAUGACUUAACAAGAGAAAUGUUAAAAUCUGAGCUGAAUGAGAAAUGGAGGCAAUGGAAGGGUGAUCUAAAGUCAAUGGCAUAUGACCCUACUAAAACAGAAGAAGAAGUUGCAUCUCUUGUACCAGAUGAUAGGGUUGACCCAAAUCAAUAUCGUGGUUUGGUUCAUCAUUGGUUUUCUGAUGAAGGACAAAAAAUAAGUAAAAUUAAUAGGCAAAAUCGUGCUAAAUUUGAAGAUGUUCAUUGUAUGGGUUCAAAAAGUCUCCCAAAGUUUAUUGAUGAGAAGAUAAAAAGGGCAAAGGAGUGUUGCCUGGACGUAAAGAGAUUUACAUUGAUACCCGCACUCGUAAAGAUGGAGCAAUUGUCAAUGGAAAGGCUGCAAGAUUGAUUGAAGAACUAAAAAAACAUAAUAAUGAGGCUGGAACUUCUCAAUCAACCCAAGACACACAAGGUUCUAUGUCUUGGAAGGAUGACAUAUUUUAUCAAGUACAAGGACCUGAUAAAAACGGACGUGUGCGAUGUAUGGGCAAGAUUCCUCAUUCUAAAAAAUCGAAGGUUUGUGCAUCUGAAAAUGAAGAGUUGCGCGAAAGAGUUAAGAAUAUGGAAAACUUGUUAGCAAAUGUGAUGACUUUAAUUCAAAAUCGAUUUUCUGGAGCAGAUGUUAAUGAUAUAAUACAAGCUGCAAGACAGGUUCCUGAUGCUACUAGUGCUCAAAACCAUUUGAAUUCACUUAGUCCAAACAACAACGAAAAUAAUGAAAAUGGUGAAGAUUAAAAGCUAAUUUGUUGUUGAAGAUGGAAUAUUGGCAAUUUAGUGGACUCAAUUUCUUAAUAUUUUUUGAGAUUGUUAUGUAUGACACAAGAUGUCUAUUUUAAAUGUCUAUUUUUUGAGGUUUAGGAUUUUGUUU